GCUGCCCAGGCCCAGGCUGCCGAAAUCGGCGCUGGCGGCUUGCGGGAGGAGGUGGUUGCUCUGCUGGGCGGCGAAUUAACGGCGGGGAGCCAAAACCACCCCGAAGCGGGUUUGCGACGGUGUUUUUAGGGCGUCGAUUUUAUGAUCUUAUUGUUUGCACAGAAGCGUGGUUGACUCCGGCCUUACGCUGCCCCGCGCGUAACCGGCGCCGCUUUUAAGUCAGAAAGCUGGAAACGGCCAAAUGACGUCAAGGCCUGAUGUCAACCCUGCCAGAUUUCUUCCCAGAAGCCGCGGCUGGCCGUUAAUGCCUAAAGUUGAGGGGAACGUGGGAUGCGCCCCAGCCCAGGCGGAGAGAACGCGCGGGGGGGUUUUGUCCCUUCUCGCCGCCCGUACCCGGGCCCGCCGGGCCAUGGCGGGACGGCCGGCGCCGCUUCCCACCGCGUCGACGAAAGCCGAGGGGACUACAACUCCCAGCGAGGCUGAGCUCUGUGGGAGCGCAGACACAAGGGAAAGAUGCCUGUGGUGUGGCCAACUCUUCUGGACCUCAGCAGAGAUGAAUGCAAGAGGAUCCUUCGCAAACUGGAACUGGAAGCAUAUGCAGGUGUCAUCAGUGCCUUACGUGCACAGGGAGACCUUACGAAAGAGAAGAAGGAUCUUCUUGGAGAACUCUCUAAAGUGCUUAGUAUUUCAACGGAGCGACAUCGUGCUGAAGUUCGGAGAGCAGUAAAUGAUGAACGACUAACGACUAUUGCACACAAUAUGUCUGGACCAAAUAGCUCUUCCGAAUGGUCUAUAGAAGGUCGUCGACUGGUGCCACUGAUGCCACGGCUUGUUCCACAAACAGCUUUUACUGUUACCGCUAAUGCUGUUGCCAAUGCAGCUGUUCAGCACAACGCAUCUCUUCCAGUUCCUGCAGAAACUGGAAACAAAGAAGUGGUGGUUUGCUAUUCCUACACAAGUACCACUUCAACCCCAACAUCUACCCCUGUUCCAAGUGGCAGUGUAGCAACAGUGAAGUCCCCCAGACCCGCCAGUCCAGCCUCCAAUGUAGUCGUCUUGCCAAGUGGAAGUACUGUUUACGUCAAAAGUGUCAGCUGCUCAGAUGAUGAUGAAAAGCCCCGCAAAAGACGGCGAACGAAUUCUUCUAGUUCUUCCCCUGUUCUCCUGAAAGAAGUCCCGAAGGCAGUGACUCCUGUCACUAAAACUAUCACAGUGCCUGUAAGUGGCAGCCCCAAGAUGAGUAAUAUAAUGCAGAGCAUUGCCAACUCCUUACCACCACACAUGUCGCCUGUGAAAAUAACCUUCACUAAGCCCUCAACACAGACAACAAACACGACAACACAGAAGGUGAUAAUAGUAACCACCUCUCCAAGCUCAACUUUUGUACCCAACAUCCUUUCAAAGUCCCACAACUAUGCAGCAGUUACGAAACUUGUCCCAACAUCAGUCAUUGCCUCAACUACUCAAAAGCAACCAGUGGUUAUAACUGCUUCUCAGUCCUCUUUGGUCAGUAGCAGCAGCAGCAGCAGUAGCUGUUCUACUCCCUCCUGUACUGCAAAUACUAUUGCUGUGACUGCUGUAGUAUCAUCAACACCGUCAGUGGUUAUGUCAACAGUAGCACAAGGUGUGUCUACAUCGGCAAUUAAAGUUGCCUCUACCAGACUACCUUCCCCAAAAGGUUUGGUUGGGAACCCAACUCAGAUCUUAGCACAGUUUCCCAAACAGCAUCAGCAGUCCCCUAAACAGCAGCUGCACCAAAUACAACAGGCCCAGCCACAGCAACCGCAACAACAACAGCAGCAACAGCAGCAGCAGCAACAACAGCUGGUGCAGUCUUCUGUAGCUCAACAGCAGCCACAGCAAUCUCAGUUGCCACCUGGCAUCAAGCCCACCAUUCAGAUCAAACAGGAAUCAGGUGUUAAAAUAAUCACUCAACAGGUGCAGCCCAGUAAAAUCCUUCCCAAACCAGUUACAGCGGCCUUGCCCAGCAGUAGCAAUUCACCUAUUAUGGUGGUUAGCAGUAAUGGGACUAUCAUGACAACUAAACUGGUCACUACUCCCACUGGAACUCAAGCAACAUAUACACGGCCAACGGUUAGCCCCUCUAUAGGGGCUCGGAUGGCUGGAACUCCAGGGGCUGCUACUUAUGUGAAAACUACAAGUGGUAGCAUCAUUACCGUAGUACCAAAAUCACUGGCUACGCUGGGAGGGAAGAUUAUCAGCAGUAAUAUUGUUUCUGGAACUACAACCAAAAUCACUACAAUUCCAAUGACAUCCAAACCCAAUGUGAUUGUUGUGCAAAAGACUACUGGAAAAGGAACUACAAUUCAAGGGCUUCCAGGCAAAAAUGUUGUCACAACGCUGUUGAAUGCUGGGGGGGAGAAAACGAUUCAGGCAGUGCCAGCAGGAGCAAAACCUGCUAUCAUCACUGCCACAAGACCCAUCACAAAAAUGAUUGUUACGCAGCCAAAAGGAAUAGGGUCCACGGUCCAGCCAGCCACCAAAAUCAUCCCAACUAAAAUUGUUUAUGGUCAGCAAGGGAAAACGCAGGUUCUCAUAAAACCAAAGCCAGUGACAUUUCAAGCAACAGUUGUGAGUGAACAAACUAGGCAGUUGGUGACUGAAACGUUACAGCAGGCAUCAAGGGUAGCAGAGACAGGAAACUCGUCUCUCCCAGAAGUGAAAGAAGAACCACAAACCUACACCGAUAGCAGCUCUUCUUCUACAGAGUCCUCCCAGAGCUCCCAAGAUUCUCAGCCUGUAGUCCAUGUGAUUGCUUCAAGAAGUCAAGACUGGUCAGAACAUGAAAUUGCUGUGGACACAAGCCCUACAAUAAUUUACCAGGAUGUAUCCAGUGAAUCUCAGUCAGCUACUUCCACGAUAAAAGCUUUGCUGGAACUUCAGCAGACAACAGCAGUGAAGGAAAAGUUAGAGUCGAAGCCAAGGCAGCCUACCAUUGACUUGAGCCAAAUGGCUGUCCCAAUCCAGAUGACCCAAGAAAAGAGGCAUUCUCCAGAAAGUCCUUCAAUCGCUGUAGUAGAGUCGGAAUUAGUUGCUGAAUAUAUCACAACUGACUCAGGAAGACAACACUGUAUUGGUUCACAUUCGGAAGAAUAUCUACACAACCAUAUAGUCAGUCAUCGGUCCCAGCCCCACCAGCAGUCAUCUCAGCCCCAGAGGACUCUGCUGCAGCAUGUGGCUCAGUCGCAGACAGCAACGCAGACUUCUGUUGUGGUGAAAUCUAUCCCCGCAUCCUCUACAGGAGCAAUUACCCAUAUCAUGCAGCAGGCCUUAAGCAGUCACACUGCAUUUACCAAACACAGUGAACAACUUGGAACCGAGGAAGGAGAAGUGGAAGAGAUGGACACCUUAGAUCCUCAGACUGGCCUGUUUUACAGAUCUGCCCUGACACAAUCGCAGGCACAAAAACAGCAAAAACUGAGUCAGCCACAGCUGGAACAGACUCAACUGCAAGUGAAAACUCUGCAGUGUUUCCAGACUAAGCAGAAGCAGACAAUCCACCUGCAGGCUGAUCAAAUCCAGCACAAACUCCCACAAAUGCCCCAACUUUCUAUAAGGCAUCAAAAGCUAACCCCCCUGCAGCAAGAGCAAGCACAGACCAAACCAGAUGCACAGCACCCCCCACACCACAUGAUGGCCAAAGAAAGGCAACUCCCUACCUUAGUGGCACAGCCACAGCAAACUGUAGUACAGGUGCUUGCAGUAAAAACCACGCAGCAGCUGCCCAAACUGCAACAGGCACCAACGGCACAAAAAAUCUACGUGCAACCCCAACCCCCCCAGAGUCAAAUGCAGCUACCUGCCUCUUCAGAGAAACAGCCAGCAAGCCAGGUGCAGCAUCCAAUUAUAACGCAAGGAUCCACUGUUACAAAGAUAACUUUUGAGGGGUGUCAGCCUCCUUCUGUUUCAAAGGUAGCAGGUGGCAGUUCUGUGCCCAAACUGGCAUUGCCAGUUACCAGCCUAUUUCCCAUGCAGGCAUCCGCGAAGACAGCAGUAGCAGAUAUUUUGAGAGUGUCUAUGGUGGAAGCUCAGAUUGAUACAAACCUAGAACAUACGAUAGCGGAUCCCCCAAACAAGGCCAUGUCCACUAGUAAACUCGCUAGCGAAGCCGCGUCGUCACCUUGUACCCAGGUGCCGAGGGUGACUGCAGUAGGGAUGACGGCAACUUCCAUCCCCCAGCAACAGACAUGUACAGAAUCCAGUUCAAGUCCUCCUGCUGUUGGUCCUACUUUAACAGAGAGGAAACUCGAUGCACAAGGAAUACCUACAACAAACCAGUUUAUACACAUUCAGAAUAUAUCACAAAAGAAAGCUGAAGAGAGUUCAUCAGAAAUUGUUAUCCAGACUAUCCCUCACUAUUCCAUCCCUUGUCACUCCAGCUCCAAUGUGGUAGUGGAACCCAGCGGGCUCCUGGAGCUCAACAACUUCACCAGUCAGCGCCUCGACGAUGAGGAGACAGCAGUGGAGCAAGAUGUGGACAGUAGCACUGAGGACGGCACGGAGCCCAGCCCCUCUCGAAGUUCUGCUGAACAAUCCUAAGAAAUUGGGACACUGGAGUGCACUUUAAAAUAUCUUGGGAUUUUAAGUAUCCAAGAUGCCCUUGUAUUGUGAUGUCUUAGAGCACUUUGCCUAUUAGAGUUGUUCAUUGGACUCUUGAAGCAUCAGUGUGUUUUAACAAGACGGUAUUGCAAAAGCUGCAUCUUAAAAAUUAUUUCAAAAAAAAAAAAACCAACCAAGAUUUAGUAAACCUGUGACAGUGGAAUGUACUCCUGUUAAAAAGCAAAUCUGCAGCAAAUUCUACAGCUCAUGCUAUUGAAGCCCUUGCCCAGAUACUGAAACAGCUUUCAGUGAAAAGGGAUCAUUAUUUUGCUGUGUCUUUUUGUUAGCUGUUGAGCAAAACACCAUCAAAAAAAGAGAAUGUUUAAUAAAUAUUUGUAUUUUUAAAUAGCAUGUGAGAGAAAAAGUGUCUCUGACAGUGCUGGAAAAGCCCCAGGACUUUUGGAAUUGGUUAGCUUUCUUGCACUUGUGCUCACUUAGAGUUAAGAUUUUUUCAUAAGCCUAAAAAUAUAGUUUAUUUUUUUUAAAUUCUUGUUGGUGAAUCUUUGGAAAUAAGCAAAAUCACUAACUGGUAGCAAAGUGGAUUUGCUAGUAGAUUUUUGUUUUCAUGCUUUACAAGAAGUAGGGUAAUGGUGAAUGAGGCAUUUCUUUGUGCCAUAAGCACAUGAAAUGCUCAUCUACUCUAGUUAAUAUUUGAUUAUUUAUUUAAAUAUAAAAUUUAAAGUGAGGCCAAGUUGUUUAAAAAGUUCCUGUGAAACAGGCAGGUGUGUUAAUUCUAAUACAAACGGGUUGGGGCAUGUAUUUUGCUAUAAAUCAGUUUUUCAAAAUUGGGGAUAAGUGGUUCAGCAUCUUUCAAAGUUGAACCUUUGAAUUUAGAAGUGAGCUAAGGCUUUUAAAAAUCUGUAUUUUACUCUUACAUGCUGUUUUUAAAGUGACCAUUUUGAGAGUUUAAAAGCUUAAAUCGAUAUACAGUGGUAGGUUUCAGAAAUUAGCCUUAUGACUCGGCUUGUUGAAGCAAUAUAUUGGGUUUUUGUGAUAGUUACAAGCCACAGAGAGAGGUUUGGGUUCAGAUGGGAUAAGAGAACCAGUUUUAAUACAUUCUGCUAAUGAAGACAAUACUUUUUUUUUUUCCAAAUGUAUAUAAAAACACGUUUUUAACUGUUUUGUAUAGAUUUCAUUAUAAAUAACUAAGCAUUUUAAGACUUUGACAUAUCAUUUAAUUGUAUAUACAUCUAUCAGCCUAACUGCCCACUUUUUGGUGCUGAAGUACUACUGUAAGUAGAUUUCAUCCAAAGUCUAAUACAGCUUUUUGCGUCAGUCUUUUUUUUAAGCUGUGAUUUUACUGUUGAUAUUGUAGUUAAGAUUAAAUUCCAACUAGAGUAACUCGAACUAAAAAUACAAAACCUAAAAAACCAUUUAUCUUACUUGUCCUGACUAUGCACCUAUGUAAGAACAUGCAGUAACC